AUGAGCACCACCAAACGAAGAUCUCGAUUCCUUGGCAUCUUUAGCAGAAAGGCUGUUGCCAGCGUCGAACCUCCUGCAGCAGUGUCUGCCAACAGUGCUGAUGUGUCCGGCUGGGAAAACAGCGCGGGAGCAUCGCACAAUCUUGUAAAAGCAUCCAAAGAACUCGACGACUACUUUCAAAGUAUCGACGGCUCAGACGCAACUCUCGCUAAUAUCCUUCAUAAAAGUCGAUGGGUGGAGAAAGCGCAGGCUUGCUCUAACUCCUCCUUUGCCACUUGUUCGCUCCCAGAGGCUCCACUCGAGACGUCUCGGCGCCAUCUUGUGAGACUGGCAGCCUUGAGCGCUGUAAAAGUCUAUGCCAAGCCGGGAACUGAAAAUCUCUCUUGUAGCGAUUUUGACGUUGUCGGCGAGCCGGUGAAGAUCGAUGCCGACCUCUUGGGAGGCCCUGUCAAAGCUACCACCGCCUGGUUGUAUACUCCAAAGGCAUCCAGCACUAGUUCUAGCAAUGUAAUAGUCGUAGCCAUCAGAGGCUCCGUCACCACGCACGAUUGGAUGGUUAAUCUCAAUGAUGGAGCUGAGAGGCCUGUCCAAGAUGCUUUCUUGGGCACUGAUGACGAAGGUGGCUUCUACAGUGCUCACUCUGGGUUUCUAACUUGCGCAAAGGCAACUAAUGCGACCGUUGUUGACCACAUCUAUCAGCUGUGGUCGAAUAACUUCGCUGCUGGAGUUCGGUCGAAGCCCAUGUUGUUGUUCACAGGUCAUUCCGCAGGGGGUGCCGUUGCUGCAAUGCUGUAUGCGCACUUUUUGAAAUGUGAUCCCAUUUCGGAGGACAGAAAUAAGAGUUUGAUGUUGAAGAAUGCAUUCAGUACAGUCCAUUGCAUCACAUUUGGAGCUCCGCCAAUCACAACAAAACCACUCUCACCAUUUCAAGCGGACUCGGUAUUCCUGUCUAUUGUGAAUGAUGGAGAUCCAGUCCCAAGGGCUGACAACAAGUACAUUAAUGCUCUCUUGCGCCUGUUCUCUGGUCCGAUGCCAGAGGAGGGAACUAAGUACGCUCUGCCACCCCGGGUCCUCUUUAAUGCCGGCCAGGUGGUUGUCGCUCUGGACGACGGUCGUCUACUGAGGCCGAAUGAAUUCGGUGCUGGUAGCCUGGCGGAGACGGUCAUGGGAAACAAAAGAGCGCAUCCGAUGAAGGAGUAUCGGAGGAGGAUCGAGCUAUAA